AUGGCACCCCAACCCCAGGAUUAUUUACUCGGUUUCGUGAGUGAGGGAGUUGCAACAGAUGGAGCAGAUGUAGUAGAUGCAGAGGGAUUAUUAGAAGGAAAUGAGAGAGAUGGGGUAGAUGAAGGAGAGGGAGUGGGAGUGGGAGUAGGAGUGGGAAAUAUGAAUCAGGGGAAUAAUAAUAUGGGUAAUGGGGAUGGAAAUGGAAUGGGAGAAAAUAAUAACGGCAAAGGUCCAUUAUCACCAUCACCAUCACCAUCUCCGCCUCCUCGCCCGCAGAAUUCGGAUGCUUCUUCGUUGAUGAUUAGUGCAGAGGUGCAUACGAGUGUUUCUAUUUCUACUUCUACGAUAUCCACGGAUUCGUUGACUACUACUACUACUUCUUUUACUUCUUCGAUUUAUGCAUCGAAAUUCUACAUUGAUAGCUACAUCAAUAUCUACAAGCAUAAACUCGGGAAAAAUCAACCUCGAAAUCUUUCAUUUCUGUCGGCUAGCAUCCUCAACCUCAUCCUCAACCUCAAUAUCAAACUUCAAGCCAACAUCUACAUUACCACACCUACAUUGACAGCUAUAUCCACCGCACCAACCACAUCCUCCCCUCCACCCCACAUCCCCACACACCCCUCCCUAUAA